ACAACGUUCAUUAUUUAUUCUAAAACACGAAUCAACAUUUCAGUCUAAAUACUUUCCACACUGUAUAGCAAAACCCUGAAGAUUAGCGCGAGCAGAAAGUAACACACAGAGAAAGAUGAUUAUCCCCGUUCGUUGUUUCACCUGCGGAAAGGUCAUUGGAAACAAGUGGGAUUCAUAUCUUGAUUUUCUCCAAGCUGAUUACACUGAAGGAGAUGCACUAGAUGCUUUGGGUCUGGUUCGUUAUUGUUGUAGGCGCAUGCUUAUGACUCAUGUUGACCUUAUUGAGAAGCUACUCAAUUACAAUACUAUGGAAAAGCAUGAUGCCAAUUAAGGAUUCUUACCAAGAUGUGUCAGUUGCGCUGGGAAUCCUGUAGUCUUGUGUCAAUGUUUUUUUUGUCCUUUGCAACUUAUUAGUUUUUAAAUUUAGUAGGUGUGAUGCGAAGCUCUGUUUUGGUGUUAAUGGAUCUACACUGCUAUGAUAGACUGAAACUGUAAAAUCGGAUUUUAUGAUAUGGGAUUUAGUAUGUCAGAAUUUAACCAAUGCUUAGGAAUUUUGAAUGUUGCAACACAUUGACAUAUUGAUUAAGACCACAAUAUUAAUUUCAAGGUUGAGAA